UCUGCGAUAUGGGGCGUAUGAAUUUUGUGCAGAGGCAGAGAAAAUUAAGCUGUUCAAUAUUGCAACUUGUUUCAGCAGGAAAUCAAUGAGUUUGUGCAAUAUUUAGUGUGGUGCUUAGCUAAUUGGAAAAUUUCAUGUUACGGUGUUAAGCAUUUGAGGACGUAAAAUGCUUUGCAAACGCAGUUCAACAGCACUGUUCGCUGCGGAGUAACCAAUUUAAGGCCACAAGUUGCGCGGGGGUGGAGUUGGCCCUCGGAACAAAGAUAAGGCAUAAGUUUUGGCAAGGCUCAAAGCACUACUAUGAGAAUAAUCUACUGGAUCGGUGUCGUCGGAACUGUGAUCGUUGCGGUGUCCCUGUUUUGGCCACCGUUUUUCUACAUCUUCCUAUUCGUACUCUAUUCGCUGAUACUGAUUGCCUUGGCUAUUUUCGGCACCAUCUACGUUCACUACAAGCUAACCAACAAGGAAACGAAUCACCACGCCCGCGAUCUCCCAACGAACGUCCUGUACAAUGCCACCAAAUCGCAACUAUUCGAUUCCCCGUCACCACCGAAAUCCGCCGCCAGUCUGCCGAUCGUCUUCGGCCGGACAGUGGACAACCUGCUGCAGCAAAUCAUCGGAAACGCGAUGCGUGACGUCGUUAGUCCUGCCCUAGCGGAAAUUGUAGCAAAUCCCCGUCGAAUCGUCGAUCUACUGCGAGAGGACAUUUGGCUCGGAAUCGAGAAACUGCACGAGCGAGCAUCACGCAUCGAUGCACCAAAAAUGAUUGCGGUUGACUUUGUCAUCAAAACCACGAUCCAUUUGGAGAAAAUACGAACCGCCCAGUCGCGAGCCGCGGAACUCGGCACGGAGCCGGUAUUUGCAACCGCAUCCUACCUAACCUCGACGGAAAAGGAACUGGAGUUCCUGAAAAAGAUCUGUGAAAUCCUCACUAUUUUUCUGCUACCUCGAGGCUACUCGCUGUCACCCAUAAAGGACCUACUGUCGGAGGUUGUCUCGUACAAGGUGCUGUACCCGAUCAUUAAGCUCGUCACCUCGCCGGACUUUAUCAACCAGCAAAUUGUGGAGUGCAUCGAAACGAAGCUGGUUGCGGUUGCUAUUAACAAGCGGAGCUACGAAUAUGCAGCGAAUUUCGAGGAUUUUUUAAAGAUUAUCAACGCUAGCUGCACAACCGAGGAGCUGCACUCGAUUAGGGGUAGUAUUGUUAGCGAUAUUAUGCAGGCAACUACGAUGCAAAAUCUGCAGCGGACUAGAGGGUUCGAUAAUGAACUUUUUGUUGGGAAGCCCACUGGAAGCGGGAAUAGUUCGGGAGAUUCGGAGAGUGGACCUAGUCGGGCGGAGAUCACUGCUUCUCUGAAGCUGAAAAAGUACAUCCAACAGUUGUCAUUUGCCAAAAACCAGUGCGAAAAAUGUUUGUCCAAACUGGGCUGGAAUGGGAACGUCAGCAACGACGUGGAUCUUUCAAUAUUGGAUAUUCUUUCAACCGUAGCAGGACGAAGACAUUUCACCAUUUUUCUGGAACCACUGAAAGCUUCCUCGCUGGUAGGGUUUUACACCACAGUGGAAGAGCUUAAGCAUGCCUCAAAGAGCUCCUGGCAUCAGCUGGGAGCGGAAAUUUUCUACACUUACAUUCGAUGUCCCAAUUCGGAAAUCCCGGUGGAUAAAUCGACCCGGAAGAAGAUGGAGUCAUUCCUGGUUGGUGACAGUGGACCGGAAAUAUUCUACGAAGUGCAGCGUGAAUGUCUGGUCACUAUGGAAGAUAAAUAUUAUCAUCCUUUUCUACUAAGCGAAGAGUACGCCAAACUGAAAGCUUCUCUAACACAAGAAGAUAUCAAAGAAAUCACACUGAACACGUAUCUCUCGGCGAGUACCGAAAGUCAGGACGAAACGGCUUCCAAUGCGUCUUCUGCUAGUGGCGAUAUAGAUCCCGUUAUUUUAGAUUUGAGUAACCACUCGACCUACGCCAGAAAUAAGCUUGAUCAGCUGGACGAGAAACUGAUGAAUAAAAACCAAGCUUUGGAUGCGCUAAAACAAUCCUUAAAACCCGACUCCAAGUUACUAGCCAUUCUGGAGAAAGAGAUCGAUUGGCUGAAGGGAGAAAAGCGUCAACUGGAAUCGCACCUGCUCCGAACUGAAGUCUGGGGUGAAUAUCUGGGAAAAUGGCGCGCAAUUGUGGAAAGCGUGGAUUUUUCCGAUGACAAAGAACCUCAACCUCACUUCAUGAUAGUCGUCCAGGUGGAUGAGGUGAACGACUGCGGUAAAGAGGACGUCGCAACGGCAAUGGAUGCGGCGGACAGCAUUUCAACCGGUUGGGUCGUUGUCCGAUCGCUAUCCCAGUUUCACGAGCUGCACCGUAAGCUACGCCCAAUGUGCGUCGAUCUAAAGGCAAUCGAUUUACCUUCGAACAAUGCGUUCAAGCUGUUUCUACUUAAAAACGAUAAAUCUCUGCUGGAAAAAGCCAAGCAACAGAUCCAGAAAUAUCUUAAUUUCAUUCUUGAAGACGAUCAUCUCAACCAGAGCGAGGCUCUGUACGAAUUUUUGAGCCCAAGCUCGGAAAGACUGAAACAAAGCACUCUGCCUUCGCCUUCCAAAAAGCAGUCCAAGUUUUCGCUGGCCACACUUUUUAAAACCAACAGCGAAAAGAUGGAUCAAUUCUGGGGCUCGCAUUUUAAGCUGAACAACGCCGAUUUCCCCGAUGAUGACCAGGUCUCAAUGUACCUGGAGGGUGGAUCCAACACCGACAGCGGCUCCUCCAAGUCGCAAGCGGAUGCGGAGGCUAAAGAUUCCAUAGCCGAACCGUUGUACGCGCUGCUCGGUGAAAUCUUCGACAUGGGAGGAGUUUUCAAGUGGUUGCGCCGUAGUCUGAUUUCCUUCGUGCAGAUCACGUACGGACAAACAAUCAACCGGCAGAUUCGGGAGUCCAUCAACUAUCUCUUCGAAGAAACAAUGCUGCACACGUACGCCUCGACCGUACUGAAAGCAUUGUGGCCGGGGGGAGUUCUCACUGUGAAAUAUAUCGAACGAACCGAGGAUCAGGAGGAAAUGACUAUGAACGCAGCCAAAUCUCUACUGCUAGACAAUAUUCCAGACUUGUUGUGCAACAUUAUUGGGGCGCAGAAUGCUCGCGCUGGCAUUAUGAAACUGUUCGAUAACGUACAGAAUCCCAUCUAUAAUAAACAGCUGUUCUACGAUUUGUUGGAAAUUCUAAUGCUGGAAUUGUUCCCGGAAAUCCGACAGCUGAAAGUACCACCGAGUGUUGCUGCUGUAGCCGUCGUCGGGGGGUCAACGUCUUCUGCCGCCUCAACGCCAACGCAUGCAGGCCAUGCGGCGGCCAGUGGGAGCGUAAUAGGAUGGGCGCAUGCAACCCCAACCCGAACCAUUUUACGCAACUAGGAACAAAUAUCCGUGAGUGAAGGUACUAAAGAAUAGAAUGAAACGCAGCCACCGAUGCUACAAUAUCACUUAGCUUAGCUGUUUGUCUUAUUUAAUAGGUACAACUGUAUGUUUUAACUGUCCGAUCAGUCACAAAGCUGUGACGCUUCGAAAUCUCUCCUGUGAAUUGAUGCAUUGAACAUUGCUUGAAUCGGCAAGUGCUUAACAUUUACAAACAUUCCAAAAAAAAGGGAAACAUAAAACUGGGAGAAAAACGAAAAGAAUCUAAUAUUCUAGUCCCAAAAUGAUUGUUUUAGUGCAAGGUAAAAGGAAACGAAAACAAAAAUAUACUAAAUUGUAUAGAAUUGUAUUGAUCUCGAGUGAUUGUUGAUAUAAAAAGAGUGAUAAAAUAUAUGCAAAACUAUUGUGACUAUAUUUUUAGUGACUUUUACUAGUGGUUCAAUAGUUGUGCUUCAUGGUAAAAAGUGCCUCACGACCAUGAGGACACACAGUCCCAAAGGAGCAUUAAUAUGUUUAUAUGUUUUAAGUUUUUAUUAACUAAACCAAAAAAAAGAACACACACAA